AUGGCCGCUCUCACUCUGCGCACGGCUAUGACGCCACCGUGAGCUGUGUUGUGAUUGGGCGGAUCGGCGCCAUGUUGCUACUCCGGAAGUCCUAGCUUGGGGGGCGGAAGUGGCCAGAUUGCUGUGUUUGGAGAGGGACCAUGGCAGACGAAGAUGAAGAUCAGACGGUGAGUACACUGUCAGCUUAGACAUGGGGGGGGGGCACGGCACACUGUCGGUGUAGACAAUUGGGGUACUGGGGUACACUGUUGGUAUAGACAUGGUGGCAGUGCUGACAGAGACACUUACCCCCUCUCCCUCCUGGGGAAGACACGGACAGCUCUGGCUACUGGAGUACACUGUCAGUAUAGACAUGGGGGUACUGGGGUACACUGUCAGUAUAGACAUGGGGGUACUGGGGUACACUGUCAGUAUAGACAUGGGGGUACUGGGGUACACUGUCAGUAUAGACAUGGGGGUACUGGGGUACACUGUCAGUAUAGACAUGGGGGUACUGGGGUACACUGUCAGUAUAGACAUGGGGGUACUGGGGUACACUGUCAGUAUAGACAUGGGGGUACACUGUCAGUAUAGACAUGGGGGUACUGGGGUACACUGUCAGUAUAGACAUGGGGGUACACUGUCAGUAUAGACAUGGGGGUACACUGUCAGUAUAGACAUGGGGGCACUGGGGUACACUGUCAGUAUAGACAUGGGGGCACUGGGGUACACUGUCAGUAUAGACAUGGGGGUACUGGGGUACACUGUCAGUAUAGACAUGGGGGUACUGGGGUACACUGUCAGUAUAGACAUGGUGGCAGAGGGGAACAUUUUGUGAUUCUGAAAUGUGAAUGUGAUGCAUACUUCUAAAGUUAUGAAUAAUGUGGAAAAACUGCAUUUCUCUGCCUGUGAUAAUUACAUUAUCCAUUGUUUAAGGUAAUUGUAUCACAGGCAGAGGGGAGGAUUUUGUGUGGGAGUGUCUGAGUGUAUUGUAUGUGUUUAUUGGUUGUUUUCCAAAACCCUGUGGGUGGUACUAAUGUGUAUAUAAGAACAAUAAACCCACAGCUCUGUCUGUUCCUGCUUGACCCUCAACACGGAGCUUUGUCUUGUUCUUGGGGGGAUUUAUUGUAUGCUGUUCCAGUUUGACUACUAGUAGUGUAAACCUAUUCGUAUGGUUUUCCAGUUUGGCUGUUUACAGCAUUCGUAUGUUUGAGAGCAUUCAUAUGCUUCUCUGGUUCGGUGUAUUGGUGUCUACAGUAGCUGUGCCUGUGUCUCUGGAAGGGAAGAUCUACUAAAUGGCUUUUAACCCCUUUUUAUGUCUGCGGGUGCCAUUACAAUUGGUGGCAAGCGGCGGGAUCAUUCCCACAGCCCAGAAGGACAGCUACAAGGCAACACCAGUUCCUGGAUUACAAAUUAAGGGCAACGCUAGUACCCGUACAGCGCCCCUACCUACAAAAGAACUAACUUAAGCAGCGCAAGCAUGGCGCCCAGUUACAGUCAGGAGCAGUUUGACAGAGGGGUCAAUGCGGUGCUGACUCACUUUGGACCCAAUCCCUCGGAGAGAUACGUGCAGUACGUGAAGAAAAUAGAUUUGGCCCCAGGGAGCCAAAGGUGUUGUCCUUCCUCUCCAGCGGCAGAGUAAGUUACAGGGAGCCAAAGGUGUCGUCCUUCCUCCCCAGCGGCAGAGUGUGUCCUUAGGAGAGGAGACAGUGGGUCCCUCUCCCCAGCAGUCCAGUGAGUCCCAGGGAGACAAAGGUGCCGUCUGUAGCGGAGAGCUGGUAUUUCACAGGUUAUCUCCACUAAAGAUCCCAGUGAGGCUCAGGAACAAGCAACACAAUCCCAUAGAACAAUAGUCACAGCAAGCAAGGUAUAAUUAAAGUUCUCUUACAAAGAUUUGUAUAGAGAGAUAGAGGGAAAAAGACCUAACAAAGAUAAACUCUAAAACUGGAUAAAUAUAGGGAUCCACCAAAAACCUAUUAAAAACAGAAUAAAUAAGAUCUGCUGCACAGAAGGUGUAGCAGUAAAAAUCCAGGAGCUGGUGAAUAUUAAAGAAUUAUUGUGUAGAAUAUAAUAUUAUUGUUGCAAGAAAUCAAAUUAGUAUGAAGAUUCAAAUGUGUGUGUGUGUGUGUGUGUAUACACAAACGAUAUAUGUAUGGCAGAAUUACCUCGUAACCCAGGAAACAGUAUGCUGGAAAAAGAGUAAUAUGUGCCAAAUUAUGUACUUUCACUCACUAACUUGGAUGAAAGCUACAAAGGUUUAGAAAUAAAUGAAUAAACUAUCACCUUGAUAGACAAUGUGAUAGAAAAGUGUCUGUAAUUGGGCAAAGAGCCAGUACAUAGAGCUGGCUGCCUUAAGCAAUGAAUAGAAUGUAUCGUUAAAAAGUAACAAAAAUUUAUUGUAGUAUAAAAAUAUAUUAAAAUUAAGUCCACACAGAGAGUAAUAGAAAUUAGGAAGGUAGAAUAUGCACAGUAACCUUAAGCACCGGCACGGAUGGAUUCAGAUUGCGAUCUUGAUACAGUGGCUGGCAUCUGGUGACCGGUGAGGUCGGUCUGCGUUCCACCUCGAGCCUCACUUUGGGGGAGCUGCACUGCUGAUCAGAUGUUGCGGUUCAAACGCCAGUGAUCCAAAGAAUCGCCGGGCUGCUGCGCUGACACCUCCUGUCUAUCGUCGUUGUGUGGACAAUCUGUAACUUCGGACUUUGUCUGACGCGUUUCGUAGGGGAUAGCCCUACUUCCUCAGAGACAUCUGCAUUCACUGCCAUAUGGGGAUGUUUAUAUAUCGCUCUCUCUGUCCCCAAUUGGUUAAUUGAAAGAUGGAUACAUCAUGAUACAUUCAAUACAUCGCUUUAACUGUAAUACACACGUUGUGCAAAUAAAAUGAAAAUAUAUAUACAUACACAUAUAAAUAAAUAUUUUAUAUAAUAGACAUAUAAGAAAAACUAUAUUCAUGGCAUUAAUUGAGAAUUAUGUACAUAAAUUAAAAUCCACAUUUUGCAUGUAAAAUAUAUAUAAUAAACAAAACAAACUAAACUGUUUUAUUAAUAUGCUUUUAGGGUAUUACAGCCUAUGCAGACCAUCUAAUGUCACAUACGACUCAUGUAGGAAUGAUUUAUUCAGUUUAAGAUGUUAAAAAGAGCAAUUGCAAAUUGACAUCUCAUUAAUAAUAUACAUUUCCACCACUUUAGUUUGUUUUGUUUAUUAUAUAUAUUUUACAUGCAAAAUGUGGAUUUUAAUUUAUGUACAUAAUUCUCAAUUAAUGCCAUGAAUAUAGUUUUUCUUAUAUGUCUAUCACCGGUCACCAGAUGCCAGCCACUGUAUCAAGAUCGCAAUCUGAAUCCAUUCGUGCCGGUGCUUAAGGUUACUGUGCAUAUUCUACCUUCCUAAUUUCUAUUGCUCUCUGUGUGGACUUAAUUUUAAUAUAUUUUUAUACUACAAUAAAUUUUUGUUACUUUUUAACUGAUUUUUUUUUUUUGGCGAUACAUUCUAUUCAUUGCUUAAAGGACCACUCUAGGCACCCAGACCACUUCAGCUUAAUGAAGUGGUCUGGGUGCCAGGUCCUUCUAGGGUUAACCCAUUUUUUCAUAAUUAUAGCAGUUUCAGAGAAACUGCUAUAAUUAUGAAUGGUUAAGCCUUCCUCUAUCUCUAGUGGGCUGUCUCACUGACAGCCACUAGAGGCGCUUAUGUUUCUCACUGUGAUUUUCACAGUGAGAAAGACGUCUAGGAAAGCAUUAUAAAUGCUUUAGGAGAUCGCCGAAUGCGCCAAGGCCUUUGCGCGGCGCAUUCGCCGGGGGCGGUAGUGAGAGGAGGAGGAGAGCUCCCAGCUGGAAAAAGGUAAGUUUAAACCCCUUUCCCCCUUCCAGAGCCGGGCGGGAGGGGGUCCCUGAGGGUGGGGGCACCCUCAGGGCACCAUAGUGCCAGGAAAACGAGUAUGUUUUCCUGGCACUAUAGUGGUCCUUUAAGGCAGCCAGCUCUAUGUACUGGCUCUUUGCCCAAUUACAGACACUUUUCUAUCACAUUGUGCAAGGUGAUAGUUUAUUCAUUUAUUUCUAAACCUUUGUAGCUUUCAUCCAAGUUAGUGAGUGAAAGUAUAUAAUUUGGCACAUAUUACUCUUUUUCCAGAAUCCUGUUUCCUGGGUUAUGAGGUAAUUCUGCCAUACAUAUAUCGUUUGUGUAUACACACACACAUUUGAAUCUUCAUACUAAUUUGAUUUCUUGCAACAAUAAUAUUAUAUUCUACACAAUAAUUCUUUAAUAUUCACCAGCUCCUGGAUUUUUACUGCUACAUCUUAUUUACAGCAAGCAAGGUAAUCCACGAAUAUCCCAAUACAGAUCCCAAUGACUGGACGACACACAGCAUCAGGAGCAGAACUCACUUUUAAUCACACAACCUCCUUUUAAAGGUUUCUCCCAUUCAUUUGUACAGUAGCCAAUAGUGUAAUGGUUACCUCCCACACAUCUCCUCCCCACAGUGUGACACAUAAUCCACUUAUACAUACUGCAGUUUUACCCGAUUUCUGGAUGUACCCGAAAACAGUCAGAUAUAAUUAUAUAAGGGAUACCCCUGGUAGCCCUGAUCUGGGUGACCAACAUAUUCAAAAUUCACCCAGAUCGGACCAGGGGUUCGGGAGUUAUGCCAAACGGCGGCCACCCAGAUAUGCAUACAAAGUAGCGAUUGCAUGGUCAAUUAACUUGCAGUUACAGAAGUGUGAAAGCCUAACGAGGUGCACACCUUUCUCUGGGGUGGUCUGAUGGUUCAGUAGUUUUCAUUCGUAGGGAACACGAACUGAAACUACCAAACAAUCAGCCGAAUGCUACAUACAAUACAUCAAUACAGGGGAAUAAUCACACGGAAAAAAUUUUAAGCAUAUUUUGAGGACAGCUCCAUGCCAUCCGCUACACCGUCCUUCCUCCCCAGCGGCAGAGUGAGUUACAGGGAGCCAAAGGUGUCGUCCUUCCUCCCCAGUGGCAGUGUGUGUCCUUAUGAGAGGAGACAGUGGGUCCCUCUCCCCAGCAGUCCAGUGAGUCCCAGGGAGGCAAGUCCUUCCUCCCCAGCGGCAGAGUGUGUUACAGGGAGCUGAAGGUGCCAUCCUUCCUCCCCAGCGGCAGCUUAUUUCAAAUGGGAGUGUUUAUACCUGAGCCACUGUGAUUGGCUACUGUACCUUAUUUGUCCCAGUCUUCCAUCUGGUCCCAUAGGGGAGUGUCCACCAGGUGGGAGCCCUCAAUAAACCAGAAUCCUAUUUUACACUCAAGGCGGAGCUUGGUCUCGUGUUUGGGGGGAUUGCUACUUUGGAAUAUUAUUUUGCCUUUUCCAGGAGAGAAGGAUUUCCUCCUCUACAUCUUGGAGAUAAUUGGGAAGAAAUCCAAUUUUCUCCAGGGAUAGAGGCAAACCGCCAUUUUUACAUGGUAUAAUAAAAACACGUAAAACUACCGAAUGCAUUUAAUUCGUAUAACGUAUCCCCAGAUAGCCUAGAUCUAAGCGCACAUUACUACCGAAUUGCGCUCAGACCCAUGGAGUCAAAGUCUUUCACACUGUUCUUUCGGUAUACAAAUGACUCCAUGGGAUGGAUAUCUGGGUUAAGUGCAUUCGUACAAUAAAAAGUCCCGAACGGACCGGCAUUCUUAUGCCUGAUUAUAAGAAGGGCGGUCGGCGGUUUCAGCGGUGUUCGGUAGAAAAGGUGUCCGGUUUGGGUUCCAUAAGUUCAUUGUCGAACACCGCUGCUCAUUCGUGUAUUUAAAAUGGCCGCUGCCUCGUGGUCGACAUACGAACGACGACCACCCAGCAUAUGGAUCUACUCCCCAUUCUCAUUCACCUAGACGAACAGCUUUCAGGAGUUCCAGAAUACCGAACACAGGGAGCAUUCUCCACAAAUCAGUUUGAAUAUAUCUUAUGUUGUUUUCGUGAAAGCUUAAGCCACAAUUUCCAUGGAACUAUAUCUAGGCUUCGACCUCGUGGCAGACUGGUCAGAUCUUCCCUGCGGUGCCGAUUGCAAACUACCGAACUGAUCGGGGUGAUUUUCGGAUAUAUUGUUCACCCAGAUCCAGGCUACCCAUGGAUUUGAAUUUUGUCGGGUUCCCAUGUAUGUUGGGGGUACUUUUGAGGUGUUGUUGUAAUAUUGUACCUUUUUCUGUGCCUGGAGAUAAUUGAGUUUAGUGCAGUCUCCGACUCCAUUAUCUCCCAAGUUCAGAGGAGAAGUUUACUGACUGUAUAAAUUUGAUGCCUGCUCUCCAUUUAAAUCAGUCUUACCCCAGCAUUAAGCGUUGGCUCAUGUGUUGGGGGUUAUGCGAUACUGGCAAUAUUUUAACCUGUGGAUUAUUGGCGUAUUAUUAUGGGAAAAGGGUAUCCAUGGCGGUGAUACCUUGACAGACCGCCACACUACUUAAAAGUAGAUUAUACUGCAAACUUGAAAAGUGCCUAUUUGAUCAGACAGUUCCUAGGUUAUGUGAUCUCUGCUUUUGGUUUCCAAAUGGAUCCAUGAAAACUUGAGGCGGUUCUGCACUGGCCCCUACUCAGUGGACUGAAAGGUAUUCAGUGUUUUUAUAGGCUUUGCCAAUUAUUAUUGUAGGUUCAUAAAAGGCUUCUCUUCUCUUAUAGCCCCCAUUACUAGCCUAACCAUGUAAACUGUCACAGGAAGCUAAAGAAGCAUUUGAUAAUCUCAAGACCUUGUUUGCUUCUGCUCACAUACUAGUGCACCCUGAUACCAGUAUACAUUUUAUACUAAAGGUAGAUGCAUCAGAAACUGGGGUAGGUGCUAUUCUAUCUCAGAGGCAGAUAGGACAACCCUUUACACCCUUGUGGGUUUUUCUCCAGAAAACGGUCGCCAGCAGAAAGAAACUAUGAUAUAGGCAACAGAGAACUGUUAGCCAUUAUCCUGGCCUUAAAAGAAUGGCAACAUCUUUUGGAAGGUUCCAAAGAUCCACGUUUAAUCAUCACUGAUCACAAGAAUCUGGCUUACAUAGGUGAAGCCAAGAGAUUGUCUUUUAGACAAGCUGGAUUGUCUCUGUUCUUGUCACGUUCAAUUUCGUGAUUACAUACAGACCAGACACAAGAAACGUCAAAGCUGGCACCCUAUCUCGUCAAUUCCGAGGAGCAAGACAUUUCUCUUAUUAUACCUCCUGAAUGCAUUAUUGCUUCUCCUUAGUACCAUCAUGACAGCUCAGGUACAGGCUCUCAGCAACAAACCCCAGGGUAAAUUGUACAUACCACUUAAGGAGAGAAAAUAAAUAAUUGAAGGUAUUUCAUGAUUUCUUUUUAGUAGCAAUUUAGUCACAAACACUGGCCAAAAUUGGCAUGCAAAUUCAUUUUUUUGCAUUUUUCACACACAAACAAAUAUUAACGCUAACUUUGGCCAGUUUUUGUGACUAAGUGGCUACUAAAAAAGUCUGAACACACCCCGUUUGCUAUACCCUGGGUUGUCUACUUUUGCAAAUGGUAUGCCAUCAUGGGGGUAAUUCUCAUUCCUGGGCUACCAUACGCUCUCAAAGGCAACAUAACCAAUCUGGCAAAUUUCAAUGUGAAAAAAACAGAAAAAUGUAACACGCUAUAUUUGACCCUGUAACUUCCCAAAACACCAUAAAAACUGUACAUAGUGGGUACUGUUUUACACGUGAGACAUCGCUGAAUACAAAUGUGUAUUUUAUUGCAUCACUCUGAACCGUUGUUACAUUUCAGCUGUUCACCUCCAAAUAGGAUCACUGCAUUUUUUUGUAUAUAAGGUAUCCAUCUCACAUACACAAUUGUCUUGAAAAAAGUCUUUUACAGACUGAAACGUCGUCUGGAACAUUGUGUGAAUUUGUAAUUGCUCAAUAAAGCAACAUAUGAAAUUUAUUUUGAAAGACUCCUGAGUGCUCUCUACUGGUAUCGUGUGUGUGUGUGUGUGUGUAUGUGUAUAUAAUAAUUCUACAUAUAUAUUUAUGUAAUCAUUGAUUGGUGAGCUGUUUUUAAAGAAAGAGUGUAUGGUGAUCUAUUGUUAAACCACAAGGAUGUUUGACCGAUAUAAAAUGUUUCUUUUAGUUUGAGGAGGAGAACGAAGACACUGCUGGAGGGGUAGACGGGGCACAGGGGAGAAGAAAGAGGCUCUUUUCCAAAGAAUGUAAGUUUUUAAAUAAAUAUGGUUUGUAUCACAAUGAAAUCUCAGCAGGAAACGUAAUCCUGGUGUGAUAAUGAUUUAUCUAAUCCACAACCCCUUUCCCUGACAGGAGGUCAUAUUUCUUAUCCCUUGUGUAAUGGCUUGGAAGAUUUACACUAUACCAAAUCUGUGUCAUUCAAGUCAUUGUGGGUUUGUUUGUUUUUUCCAAACAUGCUGCGUAACUUGUAGGCCUUUGCCUUUGUUAUUAAUAUUAAUAUUUUAGAAAUGAAAUUGUAUUCACAAAUAGUGAGUGAAACUAGGACUGGCCUAGUAGAAACUAUAUCAACAGGCAAGACUAGUAAUUAUUUGCCCACUGCUGCCUGAAGGACUAUUCCGGGUAAAACGUCAUCUUCUGGCGCUGGAUUGCCUUGCCUGUAAUAAAAUGACAAUGUUAAAAGGCACUUCCAAUCUGUGCCUGGAACAUUCCAAUCACAGGCUUCUCGUUGUGGUUCCAUCUCAACCCAUAUUAAGAGUUUGGUGUCAAGCCUGCAGACCAGAUAGCCCUUGAAGUUUAAAUAUGAUAUUUCUUAGUGUUGGGCCUGAGUUGUGCAAAGUAGAUCCAGACACAGUGCUUAAUAUCGUUUGUUUUGCAUUGUUCCCAGUGAGGUGCAUGAUGUAUGGUUUUGGGGACGAUCAGAAUCCGUACACAGAAUCUGUGGAUAUCUUGGAAGAUCUGGUCAUCGAAUUUAUUACAGAGAUGGUGAGUAAAAGUUAUCAGCCGUGCCAAACAUGUAGCCCCAUCAAAUAAUUUAAUAGUCUUUGAGGCGUUUCACACUCGCUUCUAUUGUGACUGUGUAAAGCGACCGUUAAACGUUGGGUUCAUCCUUUGUCACAUGAGCUGGCGGUGUCUCUAAAGCUUCACUAUUGGGGAUGAAUUAUGGCCACGGUGUGCAGUGAGCAUAUAACCUAAAACCUCAAGAAUAAUUUGUACAUGUAAUUUAAAGGGACACUGUGGGUGCCAGUACUACGUAAAUGCAGUUGGUAGGUAUGGCCUCAUUAAUAUGCUGCAUGCUUUAUUAAUCCCUUAUACAAAUAAGGCAUGCUGUGCCUUUAAAUCACUAUAAUAAUACCUAAAUAUACCUUUAAAAACUCAGUCACAAUUAUCAGUGUGCAAAUAUGCCAUUAAAAACAGCACUAUCCAUGCUAAUUGUGUGUAAUACUCCAUUUAAUAAACUUUAAGCUGAUGUAUUGAUAAACUGGUAACCUACUGAAAUGGAGUUGUUACAGCUUGGGUAGCACUGUCUGUCGUUUUAUGUGAGCAGGGGUUAAUGAGAUGUUCUGGAAUUGGCUACAUCCUAGUCUGGGCAGAGCUUACUGCAGGAAGUAUUACAAAAUAGUGGCCAUUUCCUGCCUUGAUUGUAAUAUGCUUUUAGCAAUACAAUUUGUAUCAAGAUGGCUGCACAAUGUAUCGUUUAAACCUGUCAUGCUCUUUUUAAUGUGCCUGGGUCUAAACAGUAACUAUAGGACUAUUUAUUUUGUCCAUAGCUACAUAGGCUGGAAGGAGACAUGUAUCCAUCAAUUUCAGCCUUCCUCCAAAAGAAGGAAAAAACCCAGUCUGAAGCACUUAAAACAAGCGAGGAAAAAAUUCCAUCUUGACCCCAGGAUGGCAAACAGAUCUAUCCCUGGAUCAAAAAGCUAUUACUGUACAAUUGAAAACCCUAUAUACUUUAUUAUGUCUUUGGCAAGUAUGCAUCUAGUUGCUUGUCCGUUCUGGGUUUUCAGUUUAAGGCUGUCUGUCUUAAGGAAUUUGACCUGGUGUAAUGGUGUUCCCUGUCGCAGAGCGUUCUUGGAUUCGCUGGCUUCUUAUAAAAUGCAGUGGUUUCGCACAUUACUCUGGCAUCACACAAACUGUGAACAAUUAGCGUUUAUUUAUCUAGCUCGUGUUACGCGGCUGCUCAGAUGUGUAAAUUAUGGAGCGUUCACAAUUCCUAAAAUCUUUAUUAUACUCUCCCAAUCUACCAUUAUUGAAUUUAUACAGAAUUGUUUAAUCCUUUGUCAGCUAGAAGGGGUUGUCUGCAAUUUAAAAUGCUAAAUAUUUAUUUAUUAAGUAUUUCGUAAGAAUCCCAGCCCAGGGGCAAAACAAAAAAAUGUAAUUCUUGAAUUUUACAGCCUCUACCUAUUGUAUUGGCUAUUGCUAGCUUUAUUUUACUUGCACCAGUUCUGCUCAGUAACUAACGCUUCCUUUUAAAUGUUUCCUCCGCAGACCCACAAGGCUAUGUCAAUUGGACGUCAGGGCAGGGUGCAGGUAGAAGACAUCGUCUUCCUGAUCCGGAAAGAUCCUCGUAAAUUUGCCAGAGUGAAGGACCUGCUGACGAUGAACGAAGAGUUAAAACGGGCCAGGAAGGCUUUCGAUGAAGCAAACUAUGGAUCCUAAUGAUUAUUUGAUGCACAUCUGGCUGUCUUACUAUGGAGACUUACAGGGAUUCAAUGGGGAAAUAAAACUCCCCUGCAGACUGUAUCUCUGCCGUCUGCACAGAGCCAGGGAGAGCUCUAAAAGGUAUCUUGGAAGGCCUUCAUGUCAGCUUGUAAUGCUGCUGCUGCAGAGACAAACGGAACGGGGGGGGGGAAAUGUUAAGAAUUGUCAGAAUAAAAAUGUCACCUUUUUAAAUCAUUGUCACUUUGUUCUCUGACAUUCCCGUGCCAGUUUCAUUGGAUAAUCUUGUAAUACCCCUAUUUCUCAACAUCUUAAUCUAAGAAUAAGGCGGGGGCUGAAUAGGUUUGUAUCUGAUUUGCUUAAAGAGACAUUAAUGCAUUUUUUAAAAUCACUAAUUCAUAGAAUAACUUGCUGAAAGUAUCUCAAAUCAUGAAAGUAAAGGUUCCCGCAUUUUACAAGAAAGCAGGUAACAAGAUACAAGUGUGCACAAACUCCAGAAUAGAAGGAUCCAAAGGUCACAGAGUGAAAACUCAUAUUAAACUAAUGGCUGACAUGUCUGCUGUAAAUUGCUGACUUCAUAGAGC